AUGGCAGCUCUGAAAAACGAAGAAUGCAGAACGAAAUUCCACCAACGUGUGUCUAUUCAUGUUGGAGUACAGACCAGGAAGAAGCUUAGAGAUGCGUUUUCCUUCACAAAGUGCAUCCAGGACGCUGCAAAGGAAGCACUCCUGCUUCUAUUGCCGCGGAAGAAGUUUGUCUUUGCAUCUGCGGAAACAAAAUCCAAGUACAAUUCUGUAUGUGUCGCGCGCAGCGCUGGUGACUUCAACCAGGAAAAGCGUCUUAGAAGGAAGCUGCGUCGUCAACUGCAACAAGACCACAAUAACGAGUGGACGUCAAGAGCGAUGGAGUUUGAGAGGGCGUGGGAGGACAUGAACCCACGGAAAGCCUAUACUCUACUAAAACAGUAUAGCCACAAAAUGAAAAGAUAUUCACCUGUCCUUAACACUGCCAAUGGAGUAGCUGUCGGUAAAGCAACCCUUCUAAUUUGGAGAGAACACUUCAAAACUUUGCUGAACCGGCUAGCACCGUCAGCUUCUGAACUCGAACACAUUCAUAGGCCGACAUAUGCGGUUAACGAGGAGCUACCGACCGAGUCGGAGGUUCUGGUCUGUAUCCAAAAGAUGAAAAAUGGAAAAUCUGUGACGACGACGGGAUUAGCGCAGAAAUGCUGA